AUGAAAACUAGUUAUUCGAAAAGGACUACUUGGGAAGAUGUCGAGAAUUUGCUGUGCCAGUUGGAAAAAUCCGAUGAAGAGCUUGAAAGAAUUCUGCCCUGGUUUUACGAACAUGUGAAGUGUUUUAAACAAGUUAAAGAAGAGGCGGUCAAGCAAAUCAUAACGAAAUCUGACUAUGCGCCAAUUAAGAGGGACCAUGUUAUCGUGCGGCAGGGCGAUGUUGGCGACUGCUGUUACAUUAUACUAAAGGGAACUGUGUCAGUUUAUGCAAAACGAACAGAAGAUUUGGACAACCUGGUGCAUGACGAGUCAGGCAUGCGAACAACCAUCGUCAAAAAUCACAAAGAGCGCUCAAAAUUCGGCGCCGAAGUUGCCGUGCUAAAAAGCGGCGACAAAUUUGGCGAUCUGUGUUUCUACAAGGCAAACAAGGAACGAAAUGCAACCGUAAUUGCUGACGAAAAUUUACACCUGCUGAUAGUGGAUUGUAAGGUAUACCAGGGGUUACUGGCGGAUAGAUAUUUGGAUAUGAGAGACCAACUUCGAUUCAUGCAGACUUCACCGUUAUUUAAAGGUUUUCCCUACGACUACCGCGUCACGCUUCUGGAGAAAAUGCGAGCGAGACGAUUGCAUUAUGGGAGUGCAAUUGUGCGCCAAGGGGACCUUGUGAAGAGUAUUACCAUUAUCUGCCGGGGGGAGGCUUUGCUAAAAAUGAAUCCAAAAAUGUUGAACCAGCAGUACGAACUUGGUGGUGACCAGAAACCACUUACGAUAAUCCAAAAACGACGGGAAAUAAUGAAGCGAGGCUAUGUAGCUGCUGAGGAAAUUUUGAAGCAAAAAAAUGUGACAGUGGCCACUUUAGGGGCUUGCGAAAUAAUUGGUGACGUGGAAUUUGUGCUCGGUCGCUCGAAACAUCAUAUUACAGCUUUGGCGAAUACCGAAAUAUUGGUCAUGGAUAUGGAACUGGGAGAGUUACAGCGACUAAUGGCGAAACGAGAUGGGGGGAUUUCUGAUUUUCUUUUUAACACUGUUCUAUGCAAGCUUGGCAGUAGAGCAGAUCGUUGUACGCGAGUGCCGCAGUAUCGUGCGUUAUACGACAUGGCGGUCGCUGCAUAUGCCGCUAAGAAGAAAACCUCUGGCAACAAAGGCAGGUUUGAGAUGCAACCAAAAACACCCGUGUCGAAAUUUGUCAGAGCCGCCAAGUUUGGGACGACUUUGGGGGGAUUGGCAAAAAAUGUGUCAGCUGGUGCAUCAGCCCCGCAAUCUCACGAGCGCUCAAACUCUAUAGCAGCAGCUUUGAAGAAAACUGCUAAUGUUGCAAUGGAGAUAGCGUCAGCAAAGUUGCUGGGAAAUAUCUCUGAGGGGGUGAAAAAACAUGAUCUAACUGGGGUCGACGACACUGACGCUAUACGAACCAAGAAAGCAGCUGCAAAAGCAAGAAAUGAAGGCCAAGGACAGGAAAAAGGGAGAAAGCAGUUAACCGCUAAAGAGUACAGAGUACUUAAGAAAAAAAUGCAAGCAGCAGGAAAAACAAUAAGACCUAUGGACUGA